AUGUCUGCCAAUCCAAGUGAUAAUAGCCGACCAGUCAGAGUCGCGAAUUGCUCAGGCUAUCAUGGUGAUCCUGCAUACGAGAUGUAUCGCCAAGCCAUUCUAGGAGAUGUCGACUUUAUCACAGGCGACUACCUGGCGGAGGUCAACAUGGCGAAUAAUGCCCAGGCCUUUCAACAUGGCGAACAUCCCGGAUAUGAGCAGACAGCCUGGGAAGGGAUCCAACAGACCAUUGACGUGAUCGCCGAAAAGGGCAUCAAAGUCGUACUAAAUGGAGGAGCUCUCAACCCCAAAGGGCUAGCUCUGAAAGUCCACGAAUUGAUCCACCAAAAAGGCCUCACUUUGCGAGUAGCUUACCUAUCAGGAGAUGAUCUCUACGCCAAACUCGGCCCUAACAUGCCGCAAUCUGCAGAAGAACUCCAGCAUCUGGAUGCAGGAAACACUUUCGUCAAACCUAGCCCUCUCACCUAUGCAUUCACCAACACCACCAAGCCCGUCCCCAUGGUCUCAGCACACGCAUACCUCGGUGCCCGGGGAAUCGUGGACGGACUCCGUCGUGGAGCAGAUAUCAUCAUUUGCGGCCGAGUUGCAGACGCUAGUCCUGUCAUUGCAGCAGCGUGGUACUGGCACUCCUGGUCGGAGUCGGAUUAUGACCGUCUUGCUGGAUCCCUGGUGGCGGGUCAUCUUAUUGAGUGCUCGGCCUAUGUUACUGGCGGCAAUUUCUCUGGGUUUGACCAGCACCCGGUCGAUAAGUUUGUUGAGCCAGGAUUUCCCAUUGCGGAGAUUGAUGCUGAUGGAUCGUGUGUUGUUGUAAAACAUCCUGGCACUGGUGGUAUCAUUAAUGUUGAUACUGUUCGGUGUCAACUUUUGUAUGAGCUUCAAGGAAACGUUUACUUGAAUAGUGAUGUUAGUGCCAUUCUGGAUGAUGUUGUUGUUGAACAAGCUGGAAAGGAUAGGGUUCGCAUCCAUGGCAUACGGGGCUAUGCCCCUCCUCCAACCACCAAGCUGGCCGUGUUCUAUCCUGGUGGUUUCGAGGCUCAGCUUCUACUGAAUGCUACUGGAUAUGGCACUGAUGAGAAGUGGGAUCUGAUCGAAAGACAACUCCGCCAUUUCAUUGCGAAGGAAUCCAUUGAUCGGAUUGACACUCUUGAAUUCCAAAGAAUCGGUGUCCCUGCCCCAAACCCCCGUUCACAGCGACAAAGCACUACAUACCUACGGAUAUUUAUUGCUGCAGUCGAAGCCGACGCCGUUCUCGCUGUCGGAAGAGCAAUGAAAGAUAUUUCUCUCAAGCAUUUCUCAGGGUUCCACAGCUCCCUCGACAUGCUCAAGCAAGACGAUCUCAAUGAGGAGAUCAACUUUAUCGAUGGAUCCGAUUCUAUCAUAUCAUUUCCAACAGGUCAUCCACCAGCGUAUAAAGAACUACAGCCACGGGCCAGCUAUAACCACAGUCCAUCCAGCGAUGAAGUUACCCUCCUCAAAUCUCCAACUCGGUCUAUUCGAUUGGGAGAUAUUGCUCUUGCCAGAUCUGGUGACAAGGGAUCUAAUCUCAACUUUGGAAUUUUUGUUCCUAAUGCUACUCACUGGUCUUGGUUGCGGUCUUAUAUGAGCGUUGAAAAAAUGAGAGAAAUGCUGGUUGAUGAUGAUGACUGGGAUGAGUCGUUCUUGGUUGAGAGAGUGGAAUUCCCGCACAUUCAUGCUGUGCACUUUGUAAUCUAUGGAAUUCUUGGUCGGGGUGUUAGCAGCUCGAGUCGAUUGGAUGGGUUUGGCAAGGGGUUUGCGGAUUAUGAUGUAGUUAUCAGUAAGAUGCAGAAAUUUGAUCUUGAGGUCUAUGGGACAUAUGUUGGCAUUCUUCGAACAAUGAACAAUGCACACCUCGCAUAA